AUGGUGUAUGUUUGGUUGCUUUGCGUCGAAGAUACGCCAUUGAUGAUAUUCAGGAUCCUAAGUCGAUCAUUCUGGCGACUGGAUCCGUUGAAAUCUGAGCCGGUUUCAGUACAGUUUUCGCCGAUUCCAGUAGGCCUCGGCAAAAUCCUUGCCGCCGGAUUUCGGCCGGAAUUGAUCAGGAAAUAUCUGAUCAGUUCCUGGCCGUUUCCGGCUCAAAGUUUGCAGAAAACGGUUAGGAAAUUACUGGAACCUACGUUUGAAAUUCCGGUCGGAACCGGUGGCAAGGAAAUUAUCGAAAAACGAACUUAA